CUUGGCGAGUGACCGGCCGCUUCCACCAUGAAGCCAACCUUUACAGGGGAACAGAUUUCCAAGUGGUUCACAUCAGGGACCACACUCGCUACACUGAACCUCAAAGAGACCAAAACCGAAAAUUCUACUCCGGCAGAAACCAGUCCGGUUAAACCCGAUGAUUCCAGCCAGAAAGCUGAUGUUGGAAGGAUCCAAAACCCAGAACCUUCAAGGAGUCCUCCUCCUGUUUCUCCCUGCUCCAGUUUUGAAUGUCCAAGCUUACCCAUAACCAAAGACAAGGACCAGCUGAUUUCCUUCAUAGAAAACAACUCAGUUGUGAUCGUCCGAGGAGCCACAGGCAGUGGCAAGACCACACAGCUGCCGCAGUUCAUUUUGGACCACUACAAUGAGAAAACCGCCUCCUGCAACAUUGUGGUCACGCAGCCACGCAAGAUUGGAGCCACCAGUAUCGCUCGCUGGGUGGCCGCUCAGAGGAAGUGCAUCCUGGGCAGUCUGGUGGGAUAUCAGGUUGCACUGGAGAAAAUGGCCACAGAGCACACUCGACUAAUUUACAUGACCACAGGGGUUCUGCUGCAAAAGCUGGUGUUGGCCAAAUCUCUCACAGAGUACUCUCACAUUUUUGUAGAUGAGGUUCAUGAGCGCAGCGAAGAGAUGGACUUUCUAUUGUUGGUGUUGAGAAAACUCCUUCAUUCCAACUCUCGUCAUGUCAAGAUAAUCCUCAUGUCAGCCACCAUCAACUGCAGAGAGUUCGCCGAGUACUUUGCCACGCCCAUUUGGGGGAAGAUGAGCCCUGCUUAUGUGUAUGAAGUGGAGGGUGCACCCUUCACCAUCGAAGAGUUUUACCUCGAUGACCUUCAGAAACUGUAUCCUUACCGGAUCGAGCCGCCGCAUCCGGAUGACCUGUUGAUCUCGCCUAAGAUGUACGACCUUGCCAUCAGUUUAAUCCAGAGCUUUAAUGAGAUGGAGGGCAAAGAUUUCAGCAAAGUUGAGGAGGGUGGGAAGCCUUUGUCAGAAAGAGGAAGCGUUCUGGUUUUCCUUCCUGGCAUACAUGAGAUACGCUGCAUGCAAGAGAGCUUGGCCAAGCUUGCCAACCAAAGAUUGCAGGUUUAUCCUCUUCAUUCAUCCGUGACUCUGGAGGAGCAGAAUGGUGUGUUCCUGUCCCCGGUCCCUUGGUACAGGAAGGUGAUUCUCUCUACCAACAUCGCUGAGAGUUCGGUGACUGUGUCAGAUGUUAAAUACGUUAUUGACUUCUGCCUGGCCCGCCAUUUGGUGUGUGACAAAGAUACUAAUUAUCAGUCUCUGCGUCUGACCUGGGCGUCCAAAACCAACUGCAACCAGCGCAAAGGGAGGGCAGGCCGAGUGUCAAAGGGCUUCUGCUACCGUCUCGUGACCAAAGCUUUCUGGACGAACGAAAUCCCUGAAUAUAUGAUUCCUGAGAUGCAGCUUGCUCCUCUGUCAACCAUCCUGUUAAAGGUCAAGCUGCUGGACAUGGGAGACCCUCGCUCCCUCCUGUCCACUGCGCUCUCUCCUCCCAACCUCUCUGACAUUGUUAGGACUGUUCUUGAGCUCAUAGAGAUGGGUGCGCUGUCCGCGAAAACUGACGGCAAAAAUCAAAGCGAGGAUGGUGAGCUGACCUUUCUCGGCCGGGUUCUGGCUCACCUGCCUGUGGACCUUAAUCUGGGGAAGAUGAUUGUUCUGGGCCAUGUCUUCGGCUGUAUGGAUGAAUGCCUCAUCAUAGCUGCAUCUCAUUCUCUUAAGAGCUUCUUUGCCAUUCCGGCCAUGCAGCAGCUUGCAGGCCACAGGAGCAAGCUGGCUUUUGCCCGUGGCACACCAAGUGACUCAAUGGCCGUCGUCAAUGCCUUCAGGGCGUGGUACUCCGCCAAAAAGAAAGGACAACUGAGACACCCAAAGGAUGAGCUGAGCUGGGGCAAAGAGAACUUCAUUCAGAUCAAGAGGAUCAGAGAGGUUGCAGAGUUGUACGAGGACCUGAAGAAACGCAUGUCCCAGUUCAACAUGCACGUCCCAGAAGACUCUCUGUCCCCAGACAACACAAGCAUAAACAGGCAGAAGUUCAUCCUGCAGAUUGUCAUUGCCGGCGCCUUUUACCCAAACUACUUUUUCCAGCAAGAGAUCGAUGAAAGGCAGGCCUGCAAAGAGCUGAACGGCUUCAACCCUCGAACAACAGUCAUGGUGAGGAACCUCCCUCCAUACAGUUUCCUCUACUAUAAGCAGCUGCAGUCUUUGUUCCGGCUGUGUGGACAGGUGAAAACUGUCUCCUUCGACUGCUCCAGAGCUUAUGUGGAGUUCCACCGGACCUCCAACGAUUCGGGUGUGCUGCCUGAGGUGACGCUCGCCCUUCAGAUGGCCCAUAAGAGCUUUAAAAUGGAGCUGCAGACCUAUCCUUCUGAACAGAUCGAGUUUUGCACAGGGAGGAGAUCAUUGGCUCACCUGAAAUUUUCACGGUUGUCGGCUGACAUCCAGAGCCAGUCUCUCUCCCUGAUGGACUCGGUCUGCACCAAGCUUGACCCCGACCGGCUGCCGCCCAACCGCCUGUUUGUGGUGAACAUCACGGAGGUGAUAGAUGUGGGACAUUUCUGGGGGUUCCCAGCGGAUGAAGCCAGCUUGGGAAAGCAGCGGCGUCUGACGGCGGAGAUCAACAAAUGUACUUUGUCUCCUGUGACGGUGUCUCUUUACCCCAAUCUGCUGUGUCUGGCGCCGUACUCUGAGACCAACGAGGAGAGUCUGUACUACCGGGCCAAGAUCCUGUACAUGCGCGGUAACACAGUGGAGGUUUUCUUUCUGGACUUUGGCAACACGGCCGUCGUUUUCAGCAGCAGCCUCAGAGAGCUUCCAUCCGACCUGCUGGCUCAGCCCUUUCAGGCCCAUGAGUUCCAGGUUGCUGGGAUGCGCCCGUCAGCCCAGUCCAUCAUCCUGGGAAACAAGUGGAGCAGCCGCGCCCGCGACUGCUUCGUCACCAUGGUGAAGCAUCAGUCGGUCAUCGUGUCGCUCUACUCCAUCUUGUACGGCGUCAUGCGAGUGGAGCUGCUGCUCAACAAGGAGUCGAAGAGCACCAGCGUGGUGGACAUACUGGUGGAGGAGGGCCACGCCGUGAAGGUGGAGGAGAACGUUGAUUCUCAGCAAAGCCAUGAAGACCUGCUGUUGAUGUACGACGACGUGGAGAAAGGAAUGUACGGCCCCAGUUCUGCCAACCGGUCCUGGAGGGCCCGCAAGAAGGAAGACGAGGAGACCAUCAACAUUCUGCUCACUCAGCUCUCCAGUACCCCGAAGUCCUGCUCCAAAACAAACGUAAAUCUGGCCGGACCUUCAAGUUCCUACCAGACAAACUUCUACAGUUUGAGCAGAAAAACCCACUACAGGACUGUUUCCACAGAGAAAAGCAGCAUCAACGGCGUGACUCUGAAUGAAAACCCGCAUUUCAAACAUCAGAGGAUGAUGACGGCCGGGAUGGUGGCCAUCAACACUUCAGGUUCCCAAAUCAUGCUGAAUGAUACGUCCAUCCUGCCCGACAUCCCUGGACUUCCUGGUCUGGUGAUGAUGCUCUUCACUCCUGUCAUGGAGUUACGCACAAACGAAGAGCGGAGCUACUACACCGGGGCCCUCUGCGGCCUGGGCUUCAACAGCCUGACGAAGGAGCCCAUCCUGCCUGAGAACGACAUCGAACUGGCCUUCGACGUCAAGUUUGAUGUCAUGGACAUCAUUGAGAUAAACGCUCUACGGAUGGCCAUCAACAGCCUGCUGUGCAACGGACCCAGCAGCACUCUGCACCUGACCCCUGAGAGGAUCUGCCAGCUGCAGGACGACUGCCGGGAUGGCCUGACCAGACUGUUCAUCAGGUCUCCUCCGAGAGAAGCUGUCACUCCAACAAACCACGAGAACUACGGAAAGUGGGACCAGGUCGACCCGUCUCUCAGAAUGGACAUUGCAGAACGAGGAAGUGGAGAGGCCCGAGGUGUUCUCUUCCAGCUCCAUUCACCCAUUUUGCUCAAUCGUUAAACAAACCGAAACAGAUAAUAAUGAGCAUCUGUUUCAGACGUAAACUUAAUAUUUUUACGUUCAAAUAAGACUUUUAGUGGCUCUGUGUUUUAUUUCUACUGCAGGAGUUUCCUGUUUACCUCAAAGAGCUGUUUUAAGUUGAUGCCAAUUUUGUUGCAGUAAAAAUAGUUGUUUGCAACAGAUGAGUCCUGUCAGUCUUUAUUUCAAACAGGCUUGUUGUGACCCCUGACUCGAGUUAAAUAUGUCUGUGCAGCACUCUGCUGUGUGUCAGUGCCAGAAGCAAAGCUUCGUAUUUAUAGCUCACCAAACCCAGACCCAAGAUGAGCUUCACCAGAGACUCCCUUAAGCUGGUAGGAAGAACCAGUGAGGUGGAUGAAGAGGUGUUACAUCAAGGUACAUUUAUUUGUUCAUUAUUCCUGUAAUUAAAUACAUACUGACUGUAAGUGCAAAUAGUUAGAGUCCAGGGUCUAAAGAACUACAGAGUAUAGCUAAACGAAAUACAAAGUUGGACAGUUAU